AUGAACUCUAGCUGGCACACCUUGCAUCUGCACAACCUUUCAGACCUGCAUGUGCUGGCCAUUUCACGUGCUUCCUUGACACUGGUUCAAGCAGCAUACAAUGAAGAUCCAGAAGCACUGAAUAUGGAUGUUGUUGAGGAUGCUUUCUGUUGUGGAGCAUCCGGGGAGGUUCUACAAUUCCUUGUGGAAAAGAAAGAGCUAAGGGAGAUCUACAUCCACGAGUUCAUGACAAAGUCUUUCCUAUCAGCCAUACCCUUGCUGCAGUCAAUCCCAUAUGCAGUAGAAGAAGUCACAGCAAAACUCAAGGAACUUGUGCAGACAUUUCCAGGAAGACUGUACGAGCCAAAUUAUUGCAGUCCUGAUCCCUCUCCACUGGAAGUUGUCCUAUUCUCCACUGUAUUCCCUCAAGAUUUGAUGGAAUUCAUGAUAGCAAUGUUGCCAAGAAUUGACGAGUUCUAUUUGAGGGACAAUAAUCAUUACGAUUUGCUAGUGGGUGAUGAACCCUUUCAGCAGCAAAUGAGGACAUCUCUUGAUGACGACAAUAGCAUGAAAAACAUUGGUUCGAUUUUGGAAAAGGUGGAAGAACUUGCCAUUGACCGCAAUGAUUGGAAGGCAUCUGAGCUGUCACAGCUGCUGUGCUUGAUCUGUCAUAACACCAACUCUAUCAAAAAAGUUGCAUUUUCAUGUUGA